GGAAGCGCAGGAGGGAGAUGAGCCGGACGUGAACGAUAUGUUCGCGGCGGCGGCGAAUGAAAUGCAGGCGUCGGAACGAUUGGAGCGGGACAUUCCGGAGUCGAUGACGGUGAGGAAGUCGGCGCCGAGGACGAUGGCGUCGUUCGACGGCGCGGACGAGGAUGAUGAGGGGAACACUGUGUUGGAAACCGUUCUCGAUGUCGCGCGCGAUCCGGAGAAGGUCAUCAAGGGCGUUGCCGCGGCGGUGACGUUGGGGACGGCGUACACGGUGGCGAGCGAGCCGGCCUUGGCCGCGGGAGGGGCGGCGGCGGCGCUCCUCGUCAUCAAGGUUCUCGAAGCGUUGGCGAAGGAGGGAGAUCAAACUCCGGCUGAAUUCCAAGCGUCGCUUAAGAAGGAUAUCAAACCGUUGAUGGAAAAGUUGCCGAAAGAUUUCGACGCGGAGGCGCUCACGAAGAAGGCGUCGGAGACCGGGGCGAAACUCUUUGAAAGGGCGCAGUCGGUGACUGAUUCUUUCGAUGAGGUGUUUGGUGGGUUGAACUUUGGUGGCGACGCAGACGAUGAAGCCGAAGCCGCGGCUUCCAAGUUGCUUGAAAUCCGUAGGGCGGACGAGAAGGCUGCGUUGGAAGCGCAAGCCGCCGAAGACGCCGCGGCGUCGUUCGCCGAAACCGAGGCCAAGGCCAAGGCUGACGCUGCCGCCGCCGCCGCCGCCGCCGCCGCUGAAGCCAAGGCGAAGGCUGACGCCGAAGCCGCGAAGAUUGCCGCCGAAGCCAAGGCGAAGGCUGACGCCGAAGCCAAGGCGAAGGCUGACGCCGAAGCCGCGAAGAUUGCCGCCGAAGCCAAGGCGAAGGCUGAUGCCGAAGCCAAGGCGAAGGCUGAUGCCGAAGCCAAGGCGAAGGCUGACGCCGAAGCCGCGAAGAUUGCCGCCGAAGCCAAGGCGAAGGCUGACGCCGAAGCCAAGGCGAAGGCUGACGCCGAAGCCAAGGCGAAGGCUGACGCCGAAGCCGCGAAGAUUGCCGCCGAAGCCAAGGCGAAGGCUGAUGCCGAAGCCAAGGCGAAGGCUGACGCCGAAGCCAAGGCGAAGGCUGACGCCGAAGCCGCGAAGAUUGCCGCCGAAGCCAAGGCGAAGGCUGACGCCGAAGCCGCGAAGAUUGCUGCUGCCAAGGCGAAGGCUGACGCCGAAGCCAAGGCGAAGGCUGAUGCCGAAGCUGCGAAGGUUGCCGCUGCCAAGGCAAAGGCUGAUGCCGACGCCGAAGUUAAGGCGAAACGCGCGGCUGAAGCUGAAGCCAAGAAGCGCUCGCAAGAGGAAGCCGAACAGAAGGUUGCGCAACAAGUGAUGGCGGCACAGAAGGUGGCGAAGAAACAAGAAGAGUGGGAGAACUCUUUGCUAAAAUUGCAGUACAGCGAGCAGAUCAUUGAAGAUAUUCGCGUCGCGGACGCAAACGCGGUUGAACGCGCGCAUGCGCGUCGCCUCGGAUUGGAUUUCACCCCAGAAGUGGCAAAACAAAUGCCAGGAACCGAGUACUCUUGGGGCUCGCAGACGAACGUCAAACCUGGUGAAGUGAUCAGCGCUUUGAACUCCGCCGAUGAAGGUUUUGCGUCGUCGAAGAACCGCGCUCGUUCGGCGCUCGGAUUGCCGCAGAAAGACGACCAGCCGGUGGCGGAGAAGCAAGAGCCGUGGUGGGCGACUUUCAUAAGAGUUUUCGUGAACAUGUUGAUCGCUGCCGCCAUCGCUGCGUUCACGUACUUGGUCGUUCGUAGCAUGCUGUAAAUU